UCAGUAUUUUUAUGAUUUUAGUCAAUUAUUAUUAAAGAAGUGCGUCCAGAACAGCCACCACCUCCUCCACCACUGAUCAUACGUGAACAGCCACCACCUCUUUCCUCACAACCAGCACUCAUUUUACGUGAACGACCACCAACACCACCGCCAAUACUUCCAAAUGAAACAGUUAUUCGUACCUUACCUCCCAUACCUGUUCCGCCACGAUCAGUUGUCAUCGAACGUUAUCCACCUCUUCCAGAAAAACCACGAGAUAUUAUAAUUGAACGAUGGAUACCGUACGGACGUCAAACAACUGAACGCCGUAAGAUUGUUCAACCGGCUCCUCCUCCUAGAGAAUAUCCAAAACCAAGUUGUACUAUUAUUAUUUACGGAGAUGUUCAAGGGCGUAUAGCCCGAAAAUUUGAAAAACUUGAUCCUACUAAUGCAAAUCCGGAAGAUUAUGUAGCCCGCUAUAGAGGAUCACUUUUAGAUCCAACAACAUUGGUUCAACAAGCUCGUAAUCUUGGCAUUGUCGAAGAUAUAACGCCUCCAGUAUCAUCAUUGUCAAUGAAUGUAUAUCCAUACGGAGCUAAUGAUCUUCGAACAAUAGCUGCUCGAUAUGACAUAAAUGAUACACUUGCUCAACGUCUUAAUAUACUUCAACAAUUUGAAAUAGUUGUACUUUGUGAUGAUUCAGGUUCAAUGAAUACACCUGUAGAUGGAACAAUACGUACUCGAUGGGAUGAAUUACUAUCUAUUGUACAAAUAGUUAUUGAAAUUGCUACUGUAUUCGAUUCAAAUGGAGUUGAUCUACAUUUUCUUAAUCGUUCAUCAAUACUUAAUGUAACUGAUUCACGACAAGUUGCUGAAUCAUUUAGUCAACGUCCAGAUGGAUUAACACCACUUACACCAGCUUUAAGACGAAUAUUUCAAUCAGCAGCAAUAAAAGCUCGUAGUGAUAAACGUUUACUUGUUUUUGUAGCUACAGAUGGAGAACCAACAGAUCCAAAUGGUAAUGUUGAUAUACAAGGUUUAGAAAAUUUAAUGCGUAAUGAACGUCAAGCCAAUACAACAUAUGUAACAUUUCUUUCUUGUACAGAUGAUGUAUCAAGUGUAGCUUAUUUAUCACAAUGGGAUCGUACAAUGAUAAAUGUUGAUGUUGUUGAUGAUUAUAAAACUGAACGUGAAAAAGUACGUCGUAUUCAAGGAUAUAAUUAUCCAUUUUCAUUUGGAGAUUAUGUUGCAAAAGCAUUAAUUGGUGCAGUUGAUCGAAAAAUGGAUCAAUUAGAUGAAUAUAGGGUUACAUAA